AUGGUUGGCGUCAAAAAGUUUUCAGCCUUGGCUGCCGUCUCUGCCGUGGCAGUGACCGGCGCAGCCGCCUCUCUUCAGCCCGCAGAUGCUUCGCACGCGCACCAUCAACUCCUCUCUCACCGCGGUCUUGCAGAGCGCCAACUUCACAACCAGCAACAAUCACCCUCUAUGGUCAAGAUGCAGAAGCGUCUUGCACACACCAUCGUCGAUGGUCUAGGUGGCAUCAUUGGCGGUCUGGGCACUGACCUUGGUUUCAAUGAGCUCGACGAGGCAGAACAGCGUCUGCACAAUCUUCGUCGCGGCCUCGUGGGUGAACUUCUCGGCGCUGGCGGACAAGCGCAGGGUGGAGCACCCCCCUCGUCAAGCAGUUCCAGAGCGCCGGCUCCAGCGUCGACUUCAAGGCCUCCUUCCAACAACGCGCCUGCUUCGUCCAGCAAUGCUCCUGAAGCGUCGAGACCAGCUGCCUCAUCAAACCCUGCACCAGCGAGCAGCCCAGCAGCGAACAACAGCAACAACGCAAACAACAACCGCCCCAGCUCUCCGUCAUCAAGCAACACUAGCAGCAGCAACAACAACAACGCCGCCAGUAACCAAGAAUCGACGGCAAGUCAGAACAACAACAACAACGCCAACACCGGAGACAACCGCGGUACAGCACAGCAACAAGCUGCAGCCUCGAAUGGAGCCUCUGCUGCGCCGACGGGCGCCAAUUCGGCUGCCGCCGCCGCGUCGGCUUCGGCAUCGGCUGCCGCUGCCAGCGCGCUUUCUGCGGCAUCAGCUUCGCAACCGAGCGGUGACGCCGCGGUCAGUGCUGCUGCGGCCAGCUUGGGACGAGCUGCUACUGGCGCCGCCCCUUCAGCCGCGGCCACGGGAUCCAACCGCGCCAACAGCAGCGGCUCGUCCAACGGCAGCGAUGGCACCACCAAAGUCGUCGUCCCCAUCGUAGUGAUCGCUGCCUCGAUCGCCGUGAUUGCUGUAGCGUGGACGGUGAUCCGACGCGUUCGCAAGCGAAGCGCUGAGCACUACGAUCCUCGCAUGCAGUCCGUUGAGAGCAGCUAUCACCAUCGAAGCAUGAUGGGCCCGCCUCUGGCUGCGGGAGGGGCUGCAUUCGCGGUCGGGGGUGCAGCCGCCGGUCUGGUGCGUGACCGUCCUCGCCGCGACAGCUACGAAUCGUACCACCAGGGCGGACGACCGAUGAGCACACUCACGGAGGAAGAGGGUGACUUCUCGGGCGUGCCCCCACCCAUGCAGGAAGUGGCAACGUUCUCGGCCAUUGGCGGCGCCACUGCUGCUCCCUCGAGCCGUCUGCGCAACUACGGAUCCACGCGUGGCGGCAACGCUCGCGAGCAGGACGACGAAUUCCCCCCAGCCCACCGUAUCACGGACAGCAUGUUCAUCGACAACAACCCCAGCGGCGCCGUCACCCCGUUCAGCGACGAACACGGCGCCUACGACGUCAACUACUACGACGGCUCCUCGACAGGAGCGUACAACAACCGCGCCACUCGCGGCAUGGACGCUGCCGGCGUCUCCAGCGGCGCCGGCCGUUCAUACUCGCCUUACGCCGACGUGCAGAGGAGCGAAACGGGCGACGAGAAGUACUACGACUACGACCGUGCCUCGUCUUCCCGUCAAGACCCGUUCUCCAACUCGAGUCGCUGGUCUGGUUGA